AGCGAGCCACACUUCACCGACCCAAUGACGCUGUCUGCAGGCCUCAAGAACUGGCACUGGCGGUCAAAGAACACCAAGAGCUGGGCGCAGACAUGGUUCGAACAACAUCUCGUCGGGCUCGAGAGCGAGGGAGUCAAGAUUGAAUCGAUCAGGGAGAUCACUGGCGAUUCUGACAUUGGCAUGAGAAAGAGCAAACUGGUCACUAUCUACGACCUCAACAUCGUCUGCCGCUGGAUCUCGGUGCCAGGAGGCCCAGAUGAGGACGAAGUGAGCGGCACUUUGACGGCGCUCGAAGUAUGCCACGACAUGUCAGAAGAGGAGUACACCUUUGAGUCGACCCUCGAUCAAUCGGAAGAGGACAGCAAGCGUGCAGACAAGCUGCACACUAUCGCAAAGACCAAACUCGCAGAUCUCUGUCGUCCCCAAUUCCAGCAAUUUCCCAAGAGCAUGAUAGACGUACACGGCAAGGAUCUGCUGCAGGCUGCAGAGGAUGAAGACGCAAAGAGCAAGGGUCAGCCCGCCGCGCCUGCGCCCAAGCUUACUACCGCUGCUGCCGCUGCCAAACCCGCUACCUCUAGCAAAUCCAUCAACACUGCCGUCGUGACUCUCCAAGAAGAUCUGCGAAUACAGGCGGUCGAACUCUUUGAGCUCCUCACCGACCCGACGAAAGUGCCACAAUGGACAAGAAAUGUAGCUCAGAUCGAGCCCGUCGUCGGUGCACCGGUCUCGCUCUUUGGUGGCAAUAUCGUCGGCAAAGUCCUAGCAGUAGACAAGCCAGAGCGUUUCGUGCAGACUUGGCGAGCGCCCACUUGGCCAGAUGAUCACUAUGGCGAAUUGGAGAUCAAGCUCCAGCAAGGCUCAGAUACGACAAACCUCUCCUUGCGCUUGACAGGCUGUCCAGUGGGCAAAGAGGACGAGACGAAGCACAAUCUAGAAGGCUUCUACAUGCGCUCGCUCAAAGCUAUAGGGCUCGGCACUAUGCUCUGAACGCGGGCUACCUAUGACGACGCAGCAUGAUAGAAGGGCGCAUGUAGACUAGCAUGUGCCGUACGCAUAGAGAC